ACGAUGACGGCGGUAUUCAAAGAACCUGCGAAGCCUGUGACGGAAUUUGUUUCAUCUAAAUCUUGCGAUCAUCAACCACUGAAAUUAAAUUAUCGAGUCAUCUCUUCUAAGCCGAUCCCUUAUCAACCGCGAAUGGAAUAUCCAAUUUUUGUACAAGUACCUCAAAUGCCACAGCCCUCGGAAAUAAUUACACCGGAUCCUCUUCGAGGGAAAUCUUAUGCAUACAACAUCCAGGCUCUACCACCUCCGUCUGUGCCAAUUUCUAGGAGAUACGAUUUCGAUUUUCAAGUGCCAUCUUCACCUUCACCAAUUUCAGUGCCAACGCCACAAUCUGUUAAUCUGUUAACCGGCCUUACCAGUAAAAUCGACAGAAUUUUAAUCCCCGCCUGUCAAGUGACAUCUAGCUGCUGUAAUACGGCAUGA